UCUCUAACUAAUGACCCAAGAACACAAUGAGCUAAUUUUCUUAUUUUUCCUAUUUUAAAAAGACAGCACAAUGCCACAAUCUACCUUGAAAAGGAAAAACUUGAAACCCACCAAAAAAAGCAGUGAACAUUAGCUUCCUAUUUAAACACCACCAACGUACAAAACCAUUUUUAAUGCAGCCAUUAUUGUAACAUAUAAAAAGAAAAGAGGCACAACACAAAGAACCAUUUUCUUUCCCAUUCAAGUUUUUGUAUUCAUUUAUUUUUGCUUGGUCAAGAAAAUUUAUAACGAACCAAACACACAGAUAGAGAACUCCAGAAAAUAAAAAACGAAUUAUAUAUAUAUAUACCUUGGAGUUCUCUUCAUUUGUAAUACUUUCUUUUGCUUUCAGAAUCAGAUUUCUUCAAGCUUACAUUGGUGUUAAAGCAAGUUCUGCAGGAUUUUCUUGACACAACAAAAUGGGUUUUCUUGGCGGGUGGCGAUUUGCAGUCUACUUCUUGUUGUUCGCCAUUGCCUCUUCCGUGAAGACCCCAGUUAGAAAAAUUAAUCCAGGAAGGACCAAAAAUAGCUCGGAUGUCGGUUUUCAUGUGCAGCUGCAAGAAAUAAAACAUGAACGGGUGGUCAUUGACAAUGGAAUCAUCGAAGUCACAUUGUCAAGUCCUGAUGGUAAUGUCAUUGGAAUUAAAUACCGAGGAAUUGAUAACGUGCUUGAAAGUCUCAAUGAAGAUGAUAACCGAGGGUAUUGGGACGUUGUCUGGAACAAACCAGAUGAGAGUGACAUCUUUGACAAGAUACAAGCGACAGAUUUCAGUAUAAUAAUGGCAGACGAAGACCAAGUAGAGGUUUCAUUCUCUAAAAAAUGGGACUCAUCUAGGGACAAAUCCAUGGUUCCCUUAAAUAUUGACAAAAGGUAUAUAGUGCGGCGUGGCUGUUCAGGGCUUUACGUAUAUGCCAUAUUGGAAAGAUUAGAAGGAUGGCCCGAUGUCGACAUGGAUCAAAUAAGAGUCGUUUUCAAGCUCCGACAAGAGAAGUUUCAUUUCAUGGCGGUAUCGGAUGAUAGGCAAAGAAUAAUGCCAAUGCCGGAAGACCGAGCCACCGGCCAGCCGCUGGCUUAUCCAGAAGCUGUUCUCUUAACCCGCCCGACUAACCCAGAACUUAGAGGAGAGGUAGAUGACAAAUACCAAUACUCAUGUGAGGAUGAAGACAACAAGGUUCACGGUUGGACUUCCGAUGACCCACCUGUUGGGUUUUGGAUGAUCACUCCCAGUAACGAAUUUCGCGUUGGUGGCCCCAUGAAACAAGAUCUUACCUCCCAUGUCGGGCCUACUGUCCUUAAUAUGUUUAGUAGUAAUCAUUAUGCUGGGAAGGACCUGAACACAGAGUAUAGAAAUGGAGAGCCAUGGAAAAAAGUUCUUGGACCUGUAUUUGUCUAUCUAAACUCCAUGUCACCUACUGAUCAUAAUUCUUCAGCACUUUGGGAAGAUGCUAAAGCACAGAUGUCUGUUGAAGUCGGAAGCUGGCCUUACGAUUUUGUUCAAUCUGAGGAAUUCCCUUCUUCUGAUCAAAGAGGAACUGUUUCGGGUCAAUUAUUAGUUCGUGACAGAUACAUCAAUGAGAGGCUAUUGUAUGCUAGAUCUGCUUAUGUAGGAUUGGCUCCACCAGGAUAUGCAGGCUCGUGGCAGAGGGAUUCCAAGGGUUAUCAAUUCUGGACUCGAGCUAGCAGAAAAGGAAUUUUCAGCAUAAAAAAUGUUCGACCUGGGAACUAUAGUUUGUACGCAUGGGUCCCUGGAGUUAUUGGAGACUACAAGUAUAACGUUGAUAUCACCAUUUUACCAGGAUCCAAGAUUCAAUUAAGGGUCCUUAUAUACGAUCCUCCAAGAAAUGGUCCAACUCUUUGGGAAAUAGGCAUUCCUGAUCGUUCUGCUUCUGAGUUCUAUGUGCCGGACACAUAUCCAACACUUAUGAACAAGCUAUACACUGAUCACCCAACAGAAAAAUUUAGGCAAUAUGGAUUGUGGGCAAGAUAUGCUGAUUUAUAUCCUAAUAAUGAUCUUGUAUAUACUGUUGGUGUUAGUAACUACGUUCAAGACUGGUUCUUUGCCCAUGUUAACAGAGAAAUAGGAAACAAGACAUAUGAUGCAACCACUUGGCAAAUUAUAUUUCAACUCGACAGUGUAAAACAAGGGGGAAAUUACACUCUUCAACUGGCCCUGGCAUCAGCUACUGUAUCAGAAAUCCUGGUUCGGUUCAAUGACCCGAGUUCAAAUCGACCUCUAUUCACGACAGGGCUAAUAGGGACGGAUAAUGCCAUUGCAAGACAUGGAAUUCAUGGAUUGUACUGGUUGUUCACCAUUAAUGUACCCAGUGAUCAACUUCGUGAUGGAAAAAAUAUAAUUUAUUUAACUCAAGCAAGAAAUGAUGGCCCCUUCCGCGGUGUCAUGUAUGAUUACAUCCGUUUAGAAGGGCCAGCGGAAACUUAAAAUCAACUUAGAAAUUUGUCCACAUUGAACAUGUUCACAUUUUCCAAGUUUAGAUAGCAAAAUUAAUAGAAAUUAUUCAUUUUUUCUUUC